AUGAAGGAGAUGUAUCCGCCGGAGCUACAUUUCGAGUCUUCGUACCUGCCUAGGGUUCGGAGGAGGCCCAUGAAACAGCCGGCUAAGGUUCGGAUCAUGCUGCCGAUGAGCAUCCGGUGCAACACCUGCGGGAAUCACAUCUCCCGGGGGACAACGUUCAGUUCCAGGAAGGAGGAAGUCGUCGGCGAGACGUACUUGGGGAACCAGAGAUUCAGGUUUUACUUCCAAUGCACCGAGUGCUCUGCUGAGCUCGCGAUCAAAACCCAGCCGCAGGCUCCCGAUUGCGUGGUGGAGUCUGGGGCGACGAGGGUACAAGAUUCUGCCCUGCCUUCCUUUUUGGUCGUGGAGGAUGAGAAAAGGAGGAGGGAGGCUGAUGAUGAGAUGCGCGAUGUUAUGAAGCCUUUGCGGAAUAGCUAA